AUGACCACUCCCUCUGCGCCACAUUCUACCUUGAGACGGCAUCGCCUUCUGGCCCCAUCAGCGGCCGUCUUGAACAGCCCAAUCUGUCUAGGAAGCAUGGCUUUCGGCGACGCCUGGAAGUCUGGAUUGCUCGAGUGUAGCAAAGCAACGACCUUUCAGAUUCUGGAUCACUUCUAUGAGAUGGGUGGAAACUUCAUCGACACUUUCGCUCAGAGCGAGACAUGGAUUGGCGAAUGGAUGAAAGACAGCCCGAACCGUCGAGACGAGAUGGUCAUUUCUUCAAAGUAUGCAGAGGACUGGAAAACAUAUUCUGGGCCUGAGCUCAUCCAGAAACUCCAAACCACGUACAUCGAUCUGCUGUACGUUCACUUCUGGGACUACAUUAGUACGGCCGAAGAGAUGAUGAUCAGUCUCAAUGUACUCGUUAACCAAGGCAAGGUGCUUUAUCUUGGCAUCUGUAACACCCCUGCAUGGGUCGUUGUCAAAUGCAACGAAUUUGCGAGGCGUCAUGGCAUGCGACCUUUCAGUGUCUACCAAGGAUGGAGGAGUGCUGCGGAUAGAGAUCUCGAGCGUGAUAUUCUACCUAUUUGUAAGGCCGAGGGCAUAGCGGUGGCACGAUGGGGUCUGCUUCGAGGUGGAUAUUUCAAACCGCACCACCACCAACCACCACGCGUGGGCGACCAUGGGCGGACCACUCAGUCACUCACAGUAGGAAGAGAGGCGAGAGUGUCUUUAUCCCUAGAGAAAAUUGCCAAACCUAGAGAUCUUCCUUUGACAUCCAUCGCGUUAGCCUACGUCUCGCAACUCCAAUCUAACAUUGAGGCGCUGAAAAUUGCGCUGUCCAAGGAAGAGAUUGCUACGAUCGACCAGGCUGAUGAAUUUGAUGUUGGGUUCCGCCACAAUCUGAUGUCGGGACUGAAACCACAUGGCCGAGAAGAUAAAUUGCUCGCCAAAAUCAGAGGCCCAUUUGAUUUCCUGGAAGCCGCAAAGCCAAUUUUGACCGUAUCAUAUUUUCUGAGGCUCUUUGUCGGGGAGAACUUGGGUAGAUGGCCGAGAUGGGGUAUUGGUGGUUGGCAAUGGAAAAACUGUCACCGCUGA